AUGGCGAUAUUCAGAUAUGAAGAGGUAGCUUCUCAUCCAAAGGCUUACCGCUGCAUCCUGACCGUUGCUGGACAACAAUUUGCAAUGGUAGCACCUGCUAAAAAAACAGCCAAACAGAAAACAGCGGAGAUGGCUCUGCGCACACUGCGCCCUGAUUUGCCUAUCACUCCAUUCGAAGAUGGCGUAACAGUGCAGCCAGUAACCGCUGAAGGGACAGUGCCACUCCAGCCUAUAGCAAGACCUGCCAUAAAGCCUGAGGGCGAAGAUGCACCUCCCGCUAAGAAGAUCAAGCUUAAUGCACUGGAAUCCGCAUUGUCGCUGCUCGAUUGUAUGAGAAAAUUAUGUGCCGAGAGAGUUUCAGAAGGUCCUUUCAAUCCAGUUUUUGAUAUUACGGACAUCACUGAAUCAGCUUCAACUACUGGCGAUAAGCGGAAGUUUAGGGCCACUUUGACGUUUGCUGAACAAGGGAAAGUGUACACUCGCGAAGGAUUUGGCAAAAUGUCUACGAGAGAUGUUGUUGUUAGAGAG